AUGGAUUGCAUGGACGACGUGGCCAAGGAAGCUGUAAAGAGGAGGAGGAGAAAGGGGUUAGUGUUUCAAGUCCUGCCCUCUGUUCUGUUUCUCCUCCUGCUCUCUGCUUGGAAAGAGGGGGAGGGAGACACAACUCAACAGUUACCACAGGAAACGGAAGAGACCAACAGACAGAAGUCAUUUCAAAACCCUGGGGCCGUGCAGAAGAUUCACUCUGUGUGCGUUUGCAGGGUUCUCCUCCUCCAAAACCGUUAUCAGCCACUCCUUACCUCUCCUGCUGGCUCUUUCUUCUCCUCGUUUCUCUGUUUGUGGCAAACAGCCCCCACCCUGAACACCAGGAGAAGUCUUCUUCAACAAAAAGAGGAGAUGCCCCCUCAGCCACAGGUGAAGAGAAGUUUCCCGGAAUUCCUCAAGAGCUUUAUCGGGGUUGUACGGGUCCUCCAGAUCCUGCUGGGAGCCGGGCUUUGGGUCACCAUCGCAGCCAACAAGUAUGAAGGCUCCAUUCACUAUGUGCUGUUUGUGGCCGUGCUUUUCUGGCUCCUCACGUUAGCCAUCUUCAUCCUCACUCUUCUGGACAAGCAGGACCUCGUUCCCAUCGUCGGAGGAGAACGCUGGUUGUUAAGCAACGCCAUCCACGACGUUGCUGCCACACUGCUGUAUCUGUCCACCAUUGGGAUCAUGAUCUACAAAACCCAAAAGAACUCCUACUGCAACCUGGACGUCUACAAACAUCACUGCUUGUACAAGGUCUACCUCACUGCCUCCGUCUUCGCCUGCCUCACCGCCGGCGUCUAUCUGCUCUCUGCCGUCUACUGCAGCUGCAGGAAAUGUCGAGGUGAGCAGACGGUUGUAUGAAAAUCGACUGCAUCCCUCACACCCUGCAACAGCGAGACCCUUUGUCAAGCUUUUUGGAGACUUAUAAAUAUUUUUUUUUAAUCAAAGCAGAGGGUUGGUCCUCUUGUCUCAGGCUUUCAGGUUUGUUUGUUGCUUUUUAUACAGUAAUUUAUAGAGCUUUUGUACUGCAGUCACACUUAAGUCUAUUUUACUCUUGUUUGUAUGUUGCUGGAGCUCUCUAUAUAAGUAUUUUAUUUUUUGUAUUGUGUAACUGACAACUCAAAGAGCAGUUUGUUGCUUGAUGUUGCUUUUUUUUUUUUUUUUUAACCUUUUAAUAUGACAUUGAGCGAUUAAACAAGGCUCUGCUUCAUGUCAGUGUGUUCAUCAAACGUGUACGUGUGCGUGACUGUUUGACAAUCCUACAAUGAAUGGCAACGCAUCAAAGAUCUUCACUUCUUCAGCUUUUAAAGAGGGAAAAUAUUUAAUGCAGACAAUCACAUUUUAGAAUUAAGUGUAAUAUGUGGCUAUUAGUAAACUGUUAUUAAGAAAGAAAUAAAGUACAUGCAACUUCAUUUCUGUGUUUUAUAUGAUGUUUAAAUAAAUGGUUU